AUGGCGCGGGCCUUCGCUCUCUGUGCUGUGGCCUUUACGAGGCUUUCAGAAUCCGCUGACCCGCUCGAAGUGACGGCCACAGAGGAGGCGAGCUUUCAGUGCAUGAACCCCUUGUUCCGCAUCCAGUGGCACACCGGCGCCACUGACCUGGCUCAGCUCCUUCCAAGACCUUCUGUCCAUCACGACCUACUCAGGUGCCCAUUCUGGAACCAGAAAGCCUCGUGCUGCAGUACGAGUCUUGAGCCUUUUCAGCUCCGAAUCUUCGAUGCACACAGAGAUCGCAUUGACAAGCAGGUCCAAGUUCUGGAAGAGUACCUCGCUCUGAUGCUCAAACUGCGAAGCUCAGACAUCUUUGAAGAUGCAGUUCAGCUCGAGCAGGAUUUUUUGGACAGGGCCAUCGACGCAAUGCGCAGCGCACUUUCGCAUGCCAAGCCCUGCAUCCUGCACCUUUUGGCUUUCGUAGCAGGCAUGGUCUGCUUCAGUUGCCAGCCUGAUUGGGUGGAUUAUGUUUGGCGUAACCCACUGGGUCAGGUCACGGGUGUAAACGUUGACCCCAAUGCUUGUAUAUAUGUGGAUCGUGGAUGCGGGACGUUCGGACACACAAUGCAAGUUGCGUACCUGCAUGUAAUGGAGAGCCGCUUGGCAAAAUAUCCCGCAGCUUCUCUGCCAGACUUUUCCAUGUUCUUUAGCCGUGAAGCACUGUGCGAAUGGCUUCGUGGCACCGUGGCCGUACAUCCUUUGGCAUUUCAGCCCAGCGACGUCUUGACGAGGCGCUUGAGUCGCGAAGUUCCUGCUGCAAAUGGCGGAAUGCCGCGGCGACACCUGGACACGCCACUUACGGCAGCUCCUCUUGGAACCAGCUCUAGCACAUCGUUGCCUCAAGCUGUGGUUCAGGCCACAGCAAUACCGACUUCUUUGCCACUGCCUCAAGCACCCACUGGUCCAUCUUCACCAGCACUAGCCUUUGAUCCGGCGAAGGAUGGCCUAGCAUCAGAUUUCCGCAUGCAGUUUGCUCCCGGAUGA